AUGGCAGUGAGCGAGAGGAGGGGGCUCGCCCGCGGGAGCCCCGCGGAGUGGGGGCAGCGGCUACUUCUGCUGCUGCUGUUAGGCGGUUGCUCUGGGCGCAUCCACCGGCUGACGCUGACGGGGGAGAAGCGAGCAGACAUCCAGCUGAACAGCUUUGGCUUCUACACCAACGGCUCUCUGGAGGUGGACCUGAGCCUCCUGCGGCUGGGCCUCCAGGAGACAGAUGAGAAAGCCCCAUUGGUGGGGUUCAGUCUGACCCGGGUUCGAUCUGGCAGUGUUCCUUCCUAUUCAAGCCGGGACCCUCACGACUGUCCUCUCCGGAAAAACAGUAGCAAUCUCCUGGCUGUCUUCCUCAUCAACACCAAGGAUCUGCAGGUCCAGGUUCAAAAGUAUGGGGAACAGAAGAAGCUGUUCAUCUCUCCCGGGCUCCUCCCCGAAGCGCCCUCCGAACCAGAGCUCCCGAAGUCAGAGCACAUGGUCAGCCCCAAGGUGGAUGGCGUCACCUGCUUGCCCCUGGCAGGGACCACUACUGCACCCGACAAGGCCACGUUGAAACCCACAGGGUCACAAGCCGACCAGCAGGGCAUUGGUGGAAAGGACCAGGACCUGGUGUUGGGCCUGGGCCAUCUCAACAACUCCUACAAUUUCAGUUUCCAUGUGGUGAUCGGCUCUAGGGCCGAGGAAGGCCAGUACAACCUCAACUUCCACAACUGCUACAACUCGGUGCCGGGCCGGGAGCAGCCGUUCGACAUCACGGUAAUGAUCCGGGAGAAGAACCCCGAGGGCUUCCUGUCGGCGGCGGAAAUCCCCCUCUUCAAGCUGUACAUGGUCAUGUCCGCCUGCUUCCUGGCCUCCGGCAUCUUCUGGGUGUCAAUCCUCUGCAAGAACACGUACAACGUCUUCAAGAUCCACUGGCUCAUGGCAGCCCUGGCUUUCACCAAGAGCGUCUCUCUCCUCUUCCACAGUAUCAACUACUAUUUCAUCAACAGCCAGGGCCGCCCCAUCGAAGGCCUUGCUGUCAUGCACUACGUCACGCACCUGCUGAAGGGCGCCCUCCUCUUCAUCACCAUCGCCUUGAUCGGCUCUGGCUGGGCCUUCGUCAGGCGCAUCCUGUCCGACAAGGAGAAGCAGGUCUUCGGGAUCGUGGUCUCGCUGCAGGUCCUGGCCAACGUGGCCUACAUUGUCAUCGAGUCCCGUGAGGAGGGCACCAGCGACUACGGCCUCUGGAAGGAGAUCCUUUUUCUGGUGGACCUCAUCUGCUGCGGUGCCAUCCUCUUCCCCGUGGUCUGGUCCAUCCGGCAUCUCCAGGACACGUCUGGCACUGAUGGGAAGGUGGCAGUGAACCUGGCCAAGCUGAAGCUGUUCCGGCAUUACUAUGUCAUGGUCAUCUGCUACAUCUACUUCACACGGAUCAUCGCCAUCCUGCUGCGGGUGGCCGUGCCUUUCCAGUGGCAGUGGCUGUACCAGCUCUUGGUGGAGGGCUCCACUCUGGCCUUCUUCGUGCUCACGGGCUACAAGUUCCAGCCCACAAGGGAUAACCCGUACCUGCAGCUGCCCCAGGAGGACGAGGAGGAUGUGCAGAUGAAGCAAGUAAUGACCGAUUCUGGGUUCCGGGAAGGCCUGUCCAAAGUCAACAAAACGACCAGCGGGCGAGAGCUGUUGUGA